GUUAUGAAUUGCUGUUUUAAAAAUGCCGAUUGUUUAAAUAUCACCACUUCCCGCUGCAGUUUGGAGUCAUGCUUCACACCCGUUUUUAAUGAACCAGAGCGUUGAAGUGUGUACAGUCAGAGAAUGUCUGGUACAGUGUAGCCUACAGUAGCUUAGUGUAGCUUUCUUUUCAGUGCCAAAACAAAAGGUGGCACGUUAUUUAAGUUGGAAAUUGAGCUAUAUUAUUUACAGAUCCGUAAUUAUCUGUAAUGGUAACGAUAAUAGAACAGAAGUGAGCUGUCAACGCAUGAUACCGGUUAGCAUUACAAGCUGCAGUCGUGGCAAAUCAUUGUACUUUGAACACUUCGAUGCAUGUUGUAUCUUCUUGAGAGAAGGGUACUCUGCAGAAAUGGCUUUAGAAGAAGCUGAGGCUCAGCUCGCUGAGCUUGAGCUCCUUUCAAGCAUGUUCCCAAGUGAAGAGGAGUUUGUCGUCACUGACCAGCUGGCUUUUGCUGAGUUGAGAGACUAUGUUGAGGGGGUCUCGAACACACUUCCACAUUCUAGACCUGACUUUUUGAUAAAACAUAAAAUGGACACUAUCAACUUCAAAGAGGUGGACAUCACAAUCUCCUGCGCAUAUGUGUCUGACUACCCACAAGUCCUACCAGAGAUUUCUGUCAGGUGUGCUCAACUCAGCAGAGCUCAGCAAGCCCAACUGCACAGCGACCUCAACUCGUACCUGCUGGAGAACUGCUCUGGGGAGGUUUGCUUGUUAUCAGCAUUCGAGUGGGUAAAAGAUAAUGCAGCUCAGUACAUUGACAAGAGUGUGUCAGCGGUUGUCCCGAAGAAAGAUACCUCGUCAGGUCCCACCCAGGAGGCUUUCACUCGGCUCUGGAUCUACAGCCAUCACAUCUACAAUAAGAGUAAAAGAAAGAACAUUCUGGAAUGGUCCAAGGAACUCAACCUCACUGGCUUCAGCAUGCCUGGCAAACCUGGGGUUGUUUGUGUGGAGGGGCUUAGGACCCCAUGUGAUGAGUUUUGGAGCAGAGUAAAGUGUCUGACAUGGAAGAGGAUCAUGAUUCGCCAUCGAGAGGAUAUUCCAUUGGACAGCGAGGAUGGCACCAUAGAUGAAAGAGUGGCCUCGCACCGCAAGUUCACUGGGUUCGACGAGGCUAUUUUUGAUCCCCAUGGAAACCGAGGAAAUCACAUGGACCUUGGGCAGCUGUACCAGUUCCUCAGUGAGAAGGGUUGUGGGGAGAUUUUCCAGUUGUACUUUGGGAUUGAGGGGAAAUAGCAGUGGUCCCACAGAGAAGAUAAGAGACUCUAUAAUCCUCUGUGCCUUCAGAAUGCAGCACUCUGCUGAUGGAUAUGGUGCCCCGCAAAGGCAGACAUGAAAUAAAACACAUUACACCCCA